GAGAUCUCCAGCACUCCAUUAAAGUCGAUCCCAGUCGGAGUCUUUAAGGACCUCAGCAACCUCGAGAAGAUUGUACUGAAGCUAAACAAGCUCCAAAGCCUGGAGAAAGGCUUGUUUGACGGCCUUGAAAAAUUACAAGAGCUCCAGCUGCAUUCGAAUGAGAUCGAAACGAUUGAAGACGGGACCUUUGAUGGACUUGAGAACCUUAAAUACCUUCAUUUGGCUAGAAACAAUCUCUCUGCUUUAUCUGUCGACUGGUUCUCAAAGCUAAACAAACUGCAGAUACUACGGCUUUAUGAGAAUCAGCUGACCACCAUUCCUGAAGAGAUUUUUCAAAACUUGCCAAACUUGAAAGAAAUUGGCUUGCAUGGAAACAAGAUAGCAGAAUUGUCACCUAAUCUAUUUCCUCAUAAAGACAAACUAAACAAGCUCUUAUUGGAUAGCAAUCUUCUGACUAGUUUACCUGAAGGAUUCUUCGUUGGCUUCACUCAGCUUAAAACACUGACCCUACACAAGAAUAUACUCACAAGUCUACCGCCUGUACUUUUUGGAGAAAUGCCUAAACUUACACAGUUAAGCUUCAGUCAGAACAAUCUCAGCACUCUUCCCAGAGGAAUAUUCAGCCCGCUGAAGAAAGUCAAGAAGUUAGAUCUGUCUAAGAAUCAGUUUGUCACUUUGAAUGCUGAAUACUUUGAAGGCCCUGAGAAGCUCACAGACCUGAAUCUGCAGAACAACAAGAUAAAGUCGCUGGACGCAGAUGUGUUUGGAAAGCUACAAUCACUGACCACGCUCAAGCUAGCUCACAACAACCUCCAGACACUUCCUGGGGAUAUUUUUGAGACUUUACCAAAACUAAAAAUACUUUACCUCAAUGACAACCCUUGGCACUGUGACUGUAAUCUGAUAGAGCUUCACCUUUGGAUAAAGGCAAACUCUGACAAGAUUGUGUCUCCUGCUGUCUGUGAGUAUCCAGAGAAUCUUAAAGGGCAAGAAAUCAAAUUAUUAACAGAGGAUCAAUUAAUCUGCCCCACCCUUCCCCCUACAACCACCAUCACCACAACUACUCCCACAACAACCACGACUCUCCCAACUACAGAACCAACAACCACCAUUCUUACUACCACA